AUUCUGGUUAUAUAAUUGCUUUAAAUGUCGAUAAUGAAAUAAGCGAAUUACAUAACAAAAUUAAAGAUUAUAAGAAAAAAAUAAGUGAAUAUCCUAUACAAAAUUAUUAUAAGAUCAAUGAUAUCAAAAACAAUUUUAUUUAUCAAUUAAUUGAUAAUGAGUU